UUCACUCUCGAGCUGAUUCGAGUAAAAAAGUUGUAACAGUUGAAUAAACAAAACGGAAGUUAUAUCAAGCGGAAGACAAAAUCUCGUACGAAGAGGCUCUACGAUGGAGAAGGCAACAUCGACUUCAUACCUCUAGGUCGGCCAGCAAAAAGUGACUAAAAGCUUAACAAACUGUUUGAUAAUUCAUCAUUUAUAACCGUCCAUACAUGUAUGUAUGUAUGUUCCUGCGAAGCAGGAUAAGUCAAGUAGAUUCAACACAAUCUGCGCACCCAACAAAAAAGCUGAGUCGAAAACAACAGUAGAACCUAAAAGGAGGAGUGAUGUGAGAUAGAAACGUCGUCGUGGGAUGAAUUCACUACAUCAACAGCAGCAGCGCUUGCUUUGUAAUUACACAACAACGUCAACGUCAAAGUAGUCAAUUCCUUCAAUUAUAACGUCAGCAACAAAGUCAGCAAAAACAACAAAAACCGUUAUGCGAAUAACGAAUUUCGGUCAUUGCACAAAUUUACACUGUUUUAGCGUCUGUCUAGAUUUUCCAAAAGCCAGAAGCGUCAAUUUCACUUUCACACAUAUUUCACGGCAAUAUUUAGGAGAAACACAUACAUACUUACAUAUUUACACACAACGAAGUUACAUCCGCAAAUUUAUUUGGCUUAGUUCGUGCAAUUGCGUUGCCUUACUGUAUUUUUGCUGAACGAAUAUUUCACCAAAAAUGGCUGGAGGUGGUCGCACAGCCGGCAAAUACGGCUAUUCAGAGAGCGGUUACUAUAACAGUCACUCGUAUAAAAGUAUCAACGAUGAAAUAAUCUGGGUGAGCAUUGGAAUGGGUGUCACCAUAAUUGUCCUUAUCUUAAUUGCGCUUUGCUACAUUGUGUGGGAGAAGUGCCACAAGAAGCGUGAAUACUACAUAACUGUAUAACGCGUCGCGCUACACGCAAUGCUAUACUUCUUAGAUACCGUGUUGUUUUAUAGAAACUUGCAACCAUUUAGGAGAGAACGCACCACUACUGGAAUUGCACAUGCACUCAGAGCCGUGUGUAUAGUAUCAAGAUAAUCAAAAACUCUUUGCAACACAUAAACAAGUUGGCGCGGUAGAGAUGCACCGCCAGGGAAAAAGGCAUUAGUAGCGGAAUCGGAAACGGAUGUCAGAAGAAGAGGAUGGGCAGUGGGGAAGAGCUAUCGAAAGGGGAGAGUA